AUUAUAACGACAUUUGUGCAUCUCUAGUUGUUUACAGUUUAGUAAUUGGUGACAAAGUAUCCUCAGUCGGAUUUCACACUAAACAACGUAAUGGGCGAUAAAAUAACCGGUUUGGAGGUUGAGAUUAUUCCGGAAAUUUCAGAAGUUCAACCUGAAUCUCUUCAAGAACAGAACGCCUCGUCGUUAUAUUACCCACUUUUCUCGCAAUAUAUACCUCUUUUAUUAACUGGAACAAAGAAAAUAUUAGAGGACAUCGAUUAUUGCACAUGUUUUGCGGUUUUCGGUGUGGUUUUUGUGAGUGCAUUGUACUUUUUGCACAUUGUUGGUUUAUGCUAUGGAAAGUAUCGACUCCACCGUCCAACCAAACCCAACCCUUCACUACCCGGAGUCUCAAUUAUCAAGCCAAUUAUAGGAGCCGACGCUAAUUUAUACACAAAUUUAGAAACAUUUUUUACAACGCAGUAUCACAAAUUUGAACUUCUAUUUUGCUUUGACAGAUCAGAUGAUCCAGCAGUGAAGGUAGUGGAGAGCUUAGUCAAGAAAUAUCCCUCAGUUGAUUCAACUAUGUUUUUUGGUGGCGAAAAAAUUGGCCUGAACCCAAAAAUCAACAACAUGAUGCCAGCUUAUAGAAUAGCCAAGUACCAACUUAUAAUGAUUAGUGAUAGUGGAAUAUUUAUGAAAUCUGACGCAGUUUUGGAUAUGGCAAGUACAAUGAUGAGCCAUGAGACAAUGGCGUUAGUGACGCAAACUCCGUAUUGCAAGGACAGAAAAGGGUUUGCUUCGGUUUUUGAGCAAAUAUAUUUCGGAACCUCUCAUGCCAGAAUUUAUCUAGCCGGAAACUGCCUCCAAUUCAACUGCCCAACCGGAAUGUCAUCGAUGAUGAAAAAGGAAGCAUUGGAUGAAUGUGGCGGCUUUGCUGCGUUCAGUGGAUAUCUUGCCGAGGAUUACUUCUUCGGGAAGAAACUGGCGUCUCGAGGAUACAAAUCAGGAAUUUCUACACAUCCAGCGCUACAAAAUUCUGCUGCGGUAACCAUGACGUCAUUCACGGAUAGAGUCUGUCGAUGGGUGAAGCUUAGAAUGGCAAUGAUGCCUCAAAUUAUUUUUGUGGAGCCGCUGCAAGAUUGCUUCCCUUCUGCACUCAUAAUUUCCUUCAGUCUCAACUACAUUGCUAAUAUUGAUAUGCUUACAACAAUCAUGCUUCACGUAGUGUUUUGGAUUACUAUGGAUUGUAUGGUCAUGUGCAAAAUGCAGAACAAGAAAAUGAGCUUCUCCCCUUUGAAAUUUCUGUUGAUUUGGUUGCUCCGCGAGCUAUUUGCUCCAUUGGUAUUCAUCAAAGCCGCACUUGAUCCAUCGAUCCGUUGGAGGGACAACGUUUUUCACCUGGCUUGGGGUGGGAAAAUUCGCAGUCAAACUUCAAUUUAGAUCACGCCCAAACAUUUGCUCGAUUUUUUAAAUGAAAUACUAUGUAACACUUUGUCUGUAACAUUUUGCCUUUUUUACACGUUCCACAAGUUCUCUUGCACUUUCCCUAAAUCUCCACAGUCAUUAUAUCACUACUUUUGUUCCUGCAUCAUGCGACUUGGCGGCGGGCCGCUUCUUUUAUCAGUAUUUUGAGUUUUAAACUUCUAGGGACUUUUGAACCAUUUGAAAACUUGAUACUUCUGUCUUAUAGCCACGCAAGUUUUUGAAUAAUGAUUUAGUUUUGUUCGUCUAUAUUUCCAAUAAAAAUUUCAAUUU